AGAGAGACACGAGGGAGAGCUGAGUUUAGAUGUGGAAGCUGGCGCUGAGGCGGCCCCGCCGACAGGAGAAGUGGUGGGAAUGGAUGAAGAAGAAACACCAGAGGACGAGGGGGCAGAAGAAACACCUGCGGAAGGGGGGGGACAGAAAACACCUCAGGAAGAGGGAGGAGAGGUUAGGCUUCCCAGCGAGGAGGAUGGAUCGGAGUCACAGCGUCCUAUUGACAUUGGGAGGAAGGGUCACAGGACAGCGGAGGAAGCGAUGAUUCGCUCGACGGCAUGGACAACAUCGGGAUCAACCUCGACGGAGACUUUUUGGUGGACGACGACGACGCGUAGCUCAUCUGAACGGUGGAGUCCACGUCAUGACCCAGGGAGGCCUACCUUAACGGGGUGCAGCAGCGUUCGGCUGUUCUACUCGUACGAGUUUGCUCACUACCACGAAUUGUUUCGGCCGUGUACGCCUGCACCGUCACACAAACCAUGUGCGCCAUGUGUUUGCUUUUUUUCCCGAUAGUAUGUGGUACAGCCUAGGUCAACACUUUGGAGUGUGGUGUGUGUGUGUGUGUUUCGUUGUUGGGUUGAGGGACUAGGUUAUGAACAGGAGUGUGUUUUUUCCUAAGAUUAAUUUCUCUCCCCCGACGCAAUUUGUAUCUCGUUCCAAUGUCCCUGUCACAGCUGAACGGUGGAGUCCACGUCAUGACCCAGGGAGGCCUACCUUAACGGGGUGCAGCCGCGU